AUGCCUCUUAGGACGGUGAAUAGGCACGAAAAGAAGAAUAGCAACUCCGUGCUGAAGCGAAAAUACUCCGAUUUUGAAGAUCAUGAUGAACCAUGUGAUGAUAUUAUGAUGAACAAUUGCUGGCUUCCGAUUGCGCAAUAUCAGCCACUGGUAAACACAGAAUCGGAAUUUCCGGAAAUAACACCAUUUAACGAGCUGUUGGACACCACCACUGAAUCCAGCUUGAAGAAGACUAAAUUAUGGACAACGGAUGUUAAGUCUGCAGGAAUAAUCGAAUCAAUUUUUGUAAAUAAUAACUUUAACACGAAUAAUGCUAAGAACACACACAACUCCGCAACAAAUAUAAUUAGAGAACACUUGAAAUUGAAUUACGAACGUUUUGAAGAAGUUGAAGUAACAGAAGAAUUCGAAAUUUUCAAAGCAACAAGAAAAUGUGACCACAAAUUUUGCAGAGUAAUCGUUUCAAAAUGCGUCUAUCCACAUGUGGAAAAAGAAAAUAUUAUCAAAUUGAUGAGUCACAAAAAUAAGCACAUUACUGAGAUUACCAAUUUUGGUUUUAUUCAGCAAUUUCCUUGGUUUGAAUGCAAAUGGUAUAAGGAUGGAUGUUUAGCCAACAUUAUCAAACGAGGAGAGUACAUCUCCGAGGUCAAUAUAAUUAACAUGAUUUAUGGAUUAUUAGACGCUAUUCUCUUUCUAACAGAAAAUAGAAUUUUAUUUAGAGAUUUAAAUCCACACAAUGUCAUGAUUGUAAAAUCAAAAUUUGAAUACGAAGCAUUUCUGAGUUUAGAAUAUCGAGGCCACGACCCACACUUUACUCAACCUUUAUCACCAAGCAUGAAGGCACUUGGAGAAAUAAUUUUUAUGCUAAUUUCUAGAAAGAAAAGCCCUCCACUCUCAAUUCAACGAGAAGACCUAGUAGAGAGUAUCUCGGGUCUCUACAGUGAGAAAAUUAUUGAUUUAUCCCUUCUGUUGAUGUUUUCUGACCUCUCUGUCUAUGAAAUCUUGCAGCUCAUUCACGAAAUGAGGACUCUCAAAUAG